AUGAGUUCUUCUGAUCACGGUGAAGAGACACUAUACAGUGACACUGAGGCUCUAAUUCGAGACUGUUUGGACCAUAGCAGCCUUGAUGAUGCGCUUUUUCUUGCUGAAUUGAUCCAUUUAAGAGUGAAAUCUGAUCAAUCGCUGAUUCUGUACUGUGACUGUUUACUACGUUUGAAUCGGAAGCACGAAGUUUACAACUUGUUACGAUCACAUUCCCUCGUUAAUGCAAGAUUGCGUUACCUUUUUGCGAAAUGCUGCUUCGAUCUGAACAAAAAUGAUGAGUGCUGCCGUGUUUUAUCGGAAAGAAAGGAGGGAAGGCUUCAUGAUGUUUUCAUCGGUACACCAACUGAACCGUUUGCACAUUCUCUUUUGUCAACGAUUCAAUGUUUAUGCGGGAGAUACGCAGCAGCAGCAAAGGAGAGCGAAAGUGCUGUGCGCUUAAAUAACUUCUUGUGGUCAUCCGUGUGCAAGAUAGUACAAUUCGACGAUCAUGUCAUGGAUGAUCUCUUCCGAGAGACGACGGAGCGGAUAUUUUUGCCCUCAUCAGCAGCAUGUGCCCAAACUUCCGAUCCUGUUUACUUAGCUAAUCCUACUGAUUCAUUGGAAAAACCACAAAGUACUCCUUCCGACAAUCGAGUACCACCAAUUCGUGUGACUCCAAACGUGAACGCACCAACUCCUCCAAUACCAACUCAUGCUCCACGUAAAAGUACGCGCAUUCAUGAGGCUUGUGAAUCUCGAAGAGCCAAGUUAUUCAGUCAAAAUCAAGAUUCCGAAAAUGCGGGUGGUAGAAAUCGGGCAACUCCUCCAAGGUUAAAUAAAGUUCGUCAGCAGCACAGCUUACGUGCCAUAACACGAAUAAAUGAAAUGGGUCCUUCAUCUGUGAUAUCUAGACCAGAGCGGUCACCGUCUUCAAGGAAACAAAAGCUUGAUCUGGAUUCGAAACAAAGUCUAAGCUCAAACACCGGUAACAUACGUAGUAUAGCUGCACCAGUGGCACAGCUGUCCGCUGUCUCCACCUCUACUUCCUUUACUUCUACAUGCUCUGCUUCAUCUUCGACCUCAAAUCGUAAUGAUGCAGACAUCAAGGAGUUUAGUCCUGUAUAUAAAGACCUGUUUUUGUGCGUUAAGUCGUUUGCUCUCAUCGAGGACGCUAUUGGAUCUUACAACUGGAGUCAUGCAAAGAAAAUACUAGAUCUUGUGCCACCCUGGAUGGCUGAUUUGCCGGUGGCAUUGCAUAUGCGAGCACGAAUAGCCUUUGAACUAACAGAGUAUUCUUGCGCCAGAGAUAUUUUGCAGAAAUUAAGAAGAAUGUAUCCACAUCGUGCGGAGGGAAUGGAGUUACUAUCGACAGCGUUAUGGCAUCUGCAAGACGCUCAUGAACUGUCAUCUUUAGCUCAACAUCUGACCAGGGAAGCUCGAUCAAGACCUCAGACUUGGUGUGUAGCAGGAAAUUGCUUCUCUCUUCAAAGACAGCAUGCAAAGGCUAUCGAUUGCAUGGAACGUGCAAUUCAACUAGAUCCUUAUUUCGCCUACGCAUACACUCUUUUGGGGCAUGAGCUUAUCUUCCAAGAAGAAUAUGACCGUGCUGCAAAUGCUUUUAGACGAGCGUUAGAGAUCUCACCUAAGGAUUAUCGCGCAUGGCAUGGGCUUGGCUUGGUCCAUCUCCGUAAGGAACAGAUGGGUCUAGCACAGGUUAACAUCUCGAAAGCCGUUACUAUAAAUCCAACAAACCGAGCUAUGCUUUGUCAACUGGCACAAAUCGAGCAAGCUCUAAAUCGUCCGGAAAGGGCGAUGCGAUUGACUGACCGAGCACUGGCUUUGGAUCCGGACGAUGUUGCUUGUCGAUACAAUAGAGCUCGUUUACUGUUCGACACUAAGAGGAAUGAGGAGUGCGUCAAAGAGCUUAAUGAACUGAAGGAAGUGUCUCCAGAUGAGGCUUACAUUUACCAUUUGCUAGGAAAAGUGCAUCGACGGUUAGGCAACAAUCAUUUGGCACUGCUCAACUACAGCUGGGCAACGGAAAUGGACCCGCGAGGAGAACAAAUGUUGGGCCAUGCUGGAGAACGAUCAUACGAUGAUGAUGAUCCGUCUCCUUCAGCAACUCUUCGAUUCGCUGUUACGGGUGAUCAGUCCGCCAUCGAAGUGUAA